ACGCCUGAGGGUAAGCCAAGUUUAGCUUAGAACGUUGUUGAAGGCCACUGUUCUGAAGCCCUCAAUGGUAUGUUCUUGUAGCUGCGGCAUUGACAUUUUGUAUAAUUAAAUGUAUGAACUGGUCGUUCAUGUUUGUAGCUGUUAUGAAGAUUUUAUAUGUUGUUGAGGGUAAUUGGAAGAAUAUAGGUACAAGUAUGGUUUAACAUUACUUGUGCGAGUUUGGUACUUCCCAAUUUGCCAUUACAACAAUAUACCUUUAAUUUGGUUUGAUGUCAUUAAAGUAUUGCCAUUAUACUUACAUGUAAUGUCCUACACUAUCAUUUGAUUACUUUAAAUUAGGUGUGCUUACAUUUACACAUUACUGUGAAGGUGAACUUUAAUCAACAAAGGGUGAAGAAUACAACUUUUACAGUGCACUACAGUUUCAUGACAAUAUAAUGUUUGAGACAAUGGAGCUACUUGUACACCAUGGUGGCAGCUUCAACUGUAAUUCCAAGAAGAUGUAUGUUGGAGGGGUUCUUGAGACUGUACCUUCAGAUCCUGAUGUAAUAAGUUAUCCCCACUUGAAGAAAUUUUUAGAAGGUCACAGCAAUGCCGCCAUCAAAGGUAUAUUCUUCAAGAAGCCUAAUGCCAAUAUGGAGUCCUUGCAGGAAUUGUGUGAUGAUCACACUGCACUGAAGCUAAUAGAAUUAGCUAGAAGCUGUGGACAGUGUGAGAUCUUUGUAGACCAUGCCCAAGAUGAGCUACACACCCAAACAAAUGUUAUGGAAGCUGAAACUGAAAUUCAUGAUGAACAUGCUGAAGAAAAUCUCAUCAAUGAUGACACAGAUGUUGGCAGUGAUGCUGCAGGUGAUGAAACAGAUGUUGAGGGAGAACAUCAUAGUGAUGGUUCAGAGGAAGACAAUGCGGAUGAUGAAGAAGAUGGGCUACUAAAUGUUGAAGUACUGACCAAUACUACCAUACCAAUGACACAUAAUGAUCCUGAAAUGGAGAAUAUACCUAGUCCUGAGCAUGGGGUUGAGAAUGAGAGUGAAGAUGAUACUGCUGAAUAUGACUCUUCUAACCCACCUAGCUUGCAUUCAGAGGGAGAAGAUGAUGCUCAGUCCAAGAGGCUAGGUUAUGGGAAUGGAUCCUAUAACCCUGAAUCUGAUCCUCCCCACUUUAAGGUUGGCAUGUUGUUUGAGGAUGGUAAGCAAUUUAAAAACGCAAUGAUUAGAUAUGCUGUAUAUCACAAAAGAGAUAUAGUAUUUGUUAAGAAUGAACCUCUGAGAGUGAGACUGAAAUGUGCCAGCAAUUGCCCUUUUGCCUUUACUGGUAGUUGGGAAGCUCACUACAAAUGCUUUCAACUUAAAGUUUGGAAUUCUGAGCAUCUGUGUAACUUGAAGUAAAAGCUUAGAAUAGUAAGUCAGAGUUGGAUUGCUGAGACCUAUGAGGAGAAGUUCACUGAGAAUCC